AAGUAACUAUAAUUCAUUCUUCUUGCUUAUCACACAAGAAGCCAAGUUUUUGACAUUCGUUGCAGAGUUCAGUGAAAAACGUUUCUUUACUAUGUGGUGGAUGAGAGUGAUAUUGGUACUCUUGCUCCCGUUCACUCUUCUACUCCAUAAAAGUAGCUGUAGGAGUAUAGAAACCAGCAGUUCUAUUGAGAAAAAACAUACUUGUCCCCCUUCCUCUUGUGGCAAAAUUUUAAACAUAUGUUAUCCAUUUCGAUUAAAAGAUGACCCAAAACGUUGUGGAGACAGCAGGUAUGAACUAGCUUGUGAAAAUAAUGUCACAACUUUAUAUUUAUAUUCUGCAAAAUAUCAUGUCCGGUCGAUCAACUACAACAAUUUCACAAUCCGAUUGGUUGAUCCUGGAAUUCAACAAUCUAAUUGCUCUUCACUUCCUCUCUAUUCGUUGUCUCGAUCUAAUUUCUGUGAUACAUUUGAUUACGGUAAUUGUAAUGGCCCAUACCAUGCCAUUUUCAGUAGAGAACGAUUUUUAAUUGAAGCUUCACCUGAACUUCUUUUUAAGCAUAUAGUUUACUUGAAUUGUACCCAUCAAGUAACUAACAAUCCUAAAUAUGUGAAUACUUCUUCCUGUUUCCAAUUUGGUUACUCCAAAAGUAAUUAUAUAUAUGCUAUGGCUGGUGAUUUAAUUGCUCAAGAUUUUCAAGUUGGUUGUCAUGUGAAAUUGGUUACUCCAACAUCUUUGUUGGGUUUGGAAAGAAAUAAGUUACUUUCCUAUGAUAUCAUUCACAAGGCAUUAGUCUAUGGAUUUGAGAUUUCAUGGAUGCAUCUUUCUUGUCAUAAUCGUUGCGGAGAUUUAGCAACCUGCUCCAUCAGCCCUAAUACCAACGGGAUACUUGAAUGCAUUCCCGGCUGCCGUCCUUCUACGGGAUAUUGGAGCGAUUUUUGUGGUAAAGAGAUACGUUCUCGGCUGGCUUUUUACCUUAAAGGUAAUAUCUUCGCUUUUGGGAUAGGUGAGUUCUCUCAACGAUUAAAUGAAUCUUUAACAAAUAUUUAUUUGGGAUUAUAUGAAAUAGUAAAAGGACCAAUCCAAGUAACUUAUACAAGUUUCAAAGUAGGAUAUUCCCUAGGACACUAUGUUCUACCAUCAUAUUGUGCUGCUAGAAUUCUCUUCGGGAUGACGUUAUUCUUUGCCUUGUCGAUAUACAAAUGGAGGAAAAGACAUUUGUCAAUGUACGAAUGUAUUGAAAUGUAUCUACAACAACAAAACACCUUGAUUCCCAUCAGAUAUUCAUACAAUGAAAUUAAAAAAAUGGCUAGAGGUUUCAAAGACAAAUUAGGUGAAGGAGGCUUUGGCACUGUGUUUAAAGGGAACCUACGCAGUGGACCUUGUGUGGCAAUCAAGAUGUUAGGUAAAUCAAAAGGUAAUGGGCAGGACUUUAUUAAUGAAGUAGCAACCAUUGGAAGGAUACAUCAUUUGAAUGUGGUGCAAUUAAUUGGUUUUUGUGUCGAGGGAUCAAACCGUGCUCUUGUUUAUGAAUUCAUGUCUAAUGGAUCCCUUGAUAAAUUUAUUUUCUCUAAAGAAGGUAGCAUAAAUAUAAGCUAUGGCCAAAUUUUUGAAAUUUCGGUUGGAAUAGCUCGUGGGAUUGCUUAUCUUCACCAUGGAUGCGAAAUGAAGAUUUUGCAUUUUGAUAUUAAGCCUCACAACAUCCUUCUUGAUGAGAAUUUCACCCCAAAAGUCUCUGACUUUGGAUUGGCUAAGCUAUAUCCUGUAGAGAAUAGCAUUGUCACAAUGACAGCGGCAAGAGGUACCAUUGGAUAUAUGGCUCCAGAAUUGUUCUAUAAAAAUAUUGGGGGAGUGUCCUAUAAGGCUGAUGUUUAUAGCUUUGGGAUGCUUUUGAUGGAGAUGGCAGGUAAAAGGAAAAACCUAAAUGCCCAAGCGGAGCAUUCAAGUCAGCUUUAUUUUCCUUUAUGGAUUUAUGAUCAAUUUGGACAAGAAGGAGAAAUAGAAAUAGAAGAUGUCACAGAGGAGGAAAAGAAAACAGUAAAGAAGAUGAUCAUAGUCGCACUUUGGUGUAUACAGUUGAAACCAGUUGAUCGCCCCUCAAUGAACAAGGUAGUGGAGAUGCUCGAAGGAGAUGUUGAAAGCCUUGAAAUGCCUCCAAAGCCAAUCCUUUAUCCACAUGAAACGGUUGCAGAGGAUCAAAGAACCAACCUUGACCAAACAAUGUUGAGUGAUGAUUACACUGGUUCUUAUUAUUCUGUGGAAAGAGAAACUAGUUCUCUAAUGGAGAAUAUUGCUUGAAUGUUCACGAAAGCAAAUUCCUCUAUAUCAACUUAUUGUCUAUUACACUGUUCUUAUGUAAAACUUCAUUCGUCUAUAUAUUUUCCCUACUGUUUUCUACAUCGAACUUCAUCUGAAGUCCCUAAUUAAUAUGUAAUAAUGUUAAAAUCUCA